AUGUGCAAGUGCAACGAUUCCAGUCGGCUGCAGGAGUUUAUUAUGAUAAUAAGGGAACUGCAAGUUAAUACAGCACCACGUGGAGGAUCCAAGCAGUCGGUUGACACGCUCAAUAAAUAUGAUUUGCUGAUUAAUGCAAUAAGCGUAAAUGAAAAACAUCAAAUAUGCAGGCAAACAUUUGUACUAAUG